GGGCGGGAUGGAUUUGGGGGCCGCGCAAUUUCAAGAAAAGUUACCUGGGUUACAGGAGCUCCUACUGGGCUGCGACUUUGUUGGCCUUGAUAUGGAAUUCACAGGUUUGCAUUCAGCUUUUUCAUCUGAUAGACACCCCAGUCUCUUUGAUUCACCUGCUGAGUGGUAUCAGAAAGCCAGACAGAGCGUUCAGCGGUUUACAGUGAGUCAACUUGGUUUGUCCAUAUUUUACAAGGGCAUGUCAAACAAGUAUGUCACACAUUCAUAUAACUUCUUCCUGUUCCCUACCACAUUUGGCCAAAUGGAUUCCGAGUUCUCCUUCCAGGCAUCUAGCAUUCAGUUCCUGUCUCGUUAUGGUUUUGACUAUAAUAAGUUUCUUAAAGAUGGAAUCCCAUAUAUGAAUGAAACACAAGAGAAGAAACUUCAGCAUCUAUUAUCUGGUAAUUGGAUAGUCCAAAGUAGUUUUGAUAAGGACAAGGUGAAAAAAGUGAUUGAUGAAGUAACUUGCUGGAUGUGCUCAGCAGAAGAGGAAGAUUCUAUGGUUCUGCAUGAUAUGUAUGGCUUCCAGGUGAUUGAAAUACAGCUCAUUCUAAGACAAGCUUUUCCAGAUAUUUGGACUAUUCCUUUGGAAGGUGAAAAAGUGAGUUUAAUAUUGUAGCAUCUUGAGAUAAGACUAGUAUAUUAAGAUCCUCAACCUGUCCCUGCCAUUGAACAGAUUUCCAUAUUUGUAACACUGAGAUUUCUGACAAACGUUUAGCCGGGGUUAUAUAAAAGUAGUUAUGCUAAUUUUAUGUUUCUAAAUUAGGA